UUUGCCACAACGGUUGUGCGUGAAAAAAAGUUAGUGUCAAAUUUGAAUUACGAAUUAUAUUUUCGAACGUGUUUCAGUGCAGUGCUAAAGUUUUUGUGAUUUUUUUAAAAAAUAAUUAAGUACAAGACGGCACACAUAACAAGAUGGCGGCGGUGGUGGUGCAGCGCGCGAACAAGUACUACGGGCGACGGAAUAAAGCUGACUACAAGCCCGUGCUCACAGACCUCGACAUGACCGUCGAGAAGGGGACCAUCUACGGCCUCCUAGGUCCAUCAGGGUGCGGGAAGACGACUUUACUGUCAUGCAUCGUGGGUCGACGGAAACUGGACAGCGGGGACAUCUGGGUGCUGGGUGGCAAGCCUGGGGAACCGGGCAGUGGCGUGCCGGGGCCAAGAGUGGGGUAUAUGCCACAGGAAAUCGCCCUAGUCGGUGAAUUCACAGUACGCGACGCCGUGUACUACUUCGCUCGCAUCUACGGCAUGACCGCUCGCCGCAUGGAGGAGAGGUUCGAGCUCCUCUCCGACCUCCUGGAGCUUCCCCCGAGCGGGCAAUACGUGAAGAACCUCUCGGGAGGUCAGCAGAGGAGGGUGUCCCUGGCUGCAGCGCUCGUCCAUGAGCCGGAACUGCUGAUCCUGGACGAGCCAACCGUCGGGCUAGAUCCUGUGCUUAGAGAGAAGAUCUGGAGUUUCCUGACGGAGGUGGCAGCUGAAGGCACCGCGGUCAUCAUCACCACUCACUACAUAGACGAGACCAAGCAGGCGCAUAAGAUCGGUCUACUCCGCGACGGUCAACUCCUAGCGGAGGGAGCGCCCGACGACAUCCUGCGUCGCUUCGACGCCCGCACCCUCGAGGAGGCCUUCUUCAAGAUGGCCAUGAGGCAGCACGAGGGACGGGCCAUCGACUCGCCACCGGCGCUACCAAAAGAGACACCGACCCUACCGCUUCAGUACCAGUCACAGGACACUCUCAACGGUCUCACUAGCACUAGCACUGAUGUCCUCACGCCCAAGGAGAAGCCGGUGCUCCGCAGCAAAUCCUCGGGCAGAUAUAACGCCACAUUCAUCAAGAGCAUACAGCAGUUCGGACGGCAUCCAGGUGGUCUGAUCUUCUCGCUGUUGUUCCCGUUCGUGGAGGUGGUGUGUCUAUUCAUGGCGGUGGGACACGACCCUCGGGACCUCGACCUCGCGGUUGUCAAUGAGGAGGCGGCGCUGACACCAGUGGGUUAUGACAUCUGCGCCAACAAGAGCGCGGCGUACGUGGUGCCGUCGGAGUGGUCAUGCGACACGCACCUGCUGAGCUGCUGGUUCCUCGAAGAGAUGGAGAAGCGGAACCUGCUGGCGAUACCCUACAAUACUACCGCGGAAGCCAAGAACGCGGUCGCCAAACGCAAGAUCUACGGCGCCGUCCACUUCCCGCGGAACUUCAGCUCGUCUCUCGCCAUGAGGGUCGCCGAAGGUCGGGUGGAGGAUGAUGUGGUGGAUGACAGCACCAUCAGCAUCUGGAUUGACUUUACAGACCAGCAGAUCUCUCAGUUCCUGAAGACGCAGCUGUACAAGACGUACGAGGAGUUCGCCAGGCGCUCCAUGCUCGCCUGCGGGAAACACGAACAUCUGGUCCAGAUGCCGGUUCACUUCGAGACGCCAAUAUACGGCAUCAUGGACGCGCAGCUGCUCGACUACAUGGCGCCUGGGAUACUUAUAACGUUAAUCUACUUCAUGCCAACGCUCAUCACCUCGACUCUGAUGAUCUCCGACCGGCUGGAGGGCGUCUGGGAGCGGUCGGCCGUCGCCGGCGUGCGGGCGCACGAGAUGCUGUACGUGCACGUCGGGAUACAGACCGUCGUGCUGGCCAUACAGACAAUAGAAACAGUAGGCCUAGCGUAUGGCGCCUUCAGUCUGCCGUCGCAGGGCUCCCUGGCUCUCUGCGGGCUGCUGCUCUUCACCCAGGGUCUGGGUGGGAUGUGCUUCGGGUUCCUCCUGUCUGUCUACUGUGGUAGCUACACGCUGUCAUUCUUCACGGCGACUGGCAGUUUCUACCCGAUGAUAUUGCUGUGUGGUAUCCUCUGGCCACUAGAGGGCAUGCCCUACGCUCUCCAAGUGUUCGCUCAGUGCCUGCCCUUCACAAUCCCUGCGCGAUCCCUUCGUGACGUCAUGACUAAGGGCUCCACUCUCACCAGCCCUGAGGUCUACUACGGUCUUCUUGUGACGGCCCUUUGGAUAUUCAUCAUGCUUGGUAUGUGUUUACUCAAGCUCAAGUUGAGGAAAACGUAGUGGUAAUAAUAUACCUAGUAGAAUAUUAUUAGUUGGUAUUUGCCAGUUGUAGAAAGAAAGAAAAAAUAUUUCUCUCACCCCAAGUUCCAUUUGAU